AUGAAUAAAUCACCUAGUAGCAGUCCAAAACAUUCAUAAUCUAACAAUCCAAGGUCUAAUAAAUAUAGAAACCUUAUAAAGAAUUCUAAUUUCCAAUAGAUUCAAAUUUAAAAAGAAGUAGAUGACUUGUUAAUCGCUUCACCAAUAUCAUCUUUUUCUGCUCCAAGAGGUAAGAAAUUUAAGGCCUCAUUUCGUAAAUUUUUGGCCGGAAAUAUAGAUACUAAAUAAUUGAUUGAUCAUAGGAAUUUUCCAACAACAAUAGAAAAUAUGAAUGAUAAAUAUGAGUAUGUUAAAUCUCAUAAGGAAUCUGUUUGUUCUUUCAAAGAUUCUGUAAUCAAUAAAGAACAUUUAUAAAUGAACUUAUUGGAAGAUAAAUUAACAAAAUUGAAGAAUGCCAACAACAAAACCUAAGUUGAAAAUAAGAGAGAAAGACUUUAUGAAUUAUCAUUAUAAGUAAAGAAAGACAAACGAAAGUUAUCAAAAUAAGAGAAUGCUUUAUUAAAAUGGAAGAAAAUAAAAGAUGUUAGUAAAUAUAUAUUAGAUAGGUAAUACAAAAUAAUAUACAAUUAAGAAGAAUGAUAAUAGAUGAAAAAAAAAAGUAAACCAAGUUUUUGGAUAAUUUAGAAAUUGCUUUUCAUAAAUCAUCUGAGUUUUAUAUUUAGAAUUUAAGAUUUCAUUAAUUACGUACAAUGACAGUACUUAAAGAAAAAAAGCUUAGUUAUUCCAAUCACUAAAAUUUAAGUCCAAGACAUUAUCAUUUUCUGUUAAGUUUAUAAUUUAAAGAAAACUCUGACAAUUUUUUAUUUAAUCGCUUCCCAACAAUCUCUGAACAUUUAUAAAAUCUCAUGAAAAAUAAUGAUUAAAUAUAUGAUAGAAUAUUAAAUCUCUAUCUAAAUAAAAAAGAAAUAUAUAUGUAAUGGGUUUAAGAAUAAAAACUAAGAAAAACAAUCAAUUGGAAAUAAAGUAAAUUAUAAAAUUCUAAUGAUAUAAAUUCAAAUACAUCAAAUUCAUUAGGUUAAAAUAAAAGAAAAAUUAUGUAAAGAGUAUAAAAUCCAUUUUAAUAAACAUAAAGAGUUAAAGAUUACUAAAGCAAAUUAAUAGAAUAAGUUAAUGAUAUUGAAUAAAUAGAUUAAGAUUCCAAAAGUUAAUUAAAAUAAUUAUUAUAAAAGAGUAACAAAAAGAAAAAUAAUGAAGGUGUUAUCAAACAUAAUAGAUUUCUAUCUUAUCCUACUAAUUAUAAUAGUGAUUAAAUUGAUGAUUUCUAAGAUAAUAUAUCAAAUGCAUCUAUCACUGAAGCUUUAUUAGAUUAAUUAUAUUCUGGAGCUAAUUCAUUAUAAUAAAAAAUUAAUAAUAAUAAAGGAUUAACAUUCUAAAGGAAGGUUCGAGAUUAUUUGAGAUUGGAAGAAAUUAAAUUAUAAACUAUUUAAGCUAAUAAUUUAAAACUAAUUCCUAAAUAACAUGAUUAAAUUAAAUGA